GCUGAAAAGUGACACAGAAUCAUCAAGCUGUCGAUCUUAGCCUGGUCACGAAUAUCCUUGAAUUAUUUACCAGGCCUCAGUGAAAUACAGGGACUGUAAAACACACUGCAGCGUCAUAUGUGAAUGAACUCACGCAGGAUGUAGGAGGAUGUGUAAUUUACCGGCUCACUGCUUUUGAUAUCCAGUGGCUGAAUGAAAGUCCCAGACUCCAUCACGGACGGAGGAUUGAUGAGAAACACCGCAGCGCCCCUGUUGCUCCGCAGAACAUAUGAUUUGAGAGGCAGCGAUGACCUGUCUGUGGAAACAAAGACAGAUAUCACCGGCGCUGAUGUCAGGCGUGAAGCGAACAGGCUGGAGUAGUUUUAUGGAGCACAAUAUGCACAUUUUGCUCCCAGCUGUUGCCUUUUCUGGGCCUAUGGUUUCCUAGACAUGAUUACUUUUGCCAUGAUCGUGCCAUAUGCAAAGGAACUUCUUGUGAGUGCUUCCACCCUUUCCUGCUGACAACACAGUUUUGCAGUUAUAAAUCGAGAAUAAAAGAGAGAAAAUGGACAUGACUGGGGACACGCAGUAGGGGUGAAGUAUAAUGACGGUGUUUUUCUUCUUUUCUCAAUAUGGUGUGGUGUUAGUGACUGUUUGUCCAUGUGGCAGUUUUUACUUUGACACUUUAAAGAAGAAGCAUCACCAGAGUAACACACUUCAAGUAAAUAAAGAGAAGAAAAUUUUCAAUGCAACAUGAAAUGCAGUUAAAAAUAUAUUCCAAAUUUACAAAAUAUGCCAGGCCAGACCUGGGUAAAGUGCAGGUGUUGCCUUUCGGCAGUGUUUAUGUGCCCUACAUAAGGCAAGAAAAAAACUAUAAAAUGUUUCAGAAUGCUACCUCUUUUAUUUUGCUAUUUCCCCCCAAUUUCGCCCCCUUGUCUGUCAUUCAAUAUUCCCCCCUACUUUUCAUUUUUUUGUGUGACUUUUUUGUGAUUAUCAGGAUUCUGUCGUUAUAUUUUUUGAGUAUUCUUUAGUUCAUUUAUAAUUAUAAUCAUUAUUUUUCAUUUAUUUAUGUCUAAUAUCCUUAUUUUAUUUAAGUAUUAACUGUUGUUAAUUCGUGCAAUUUGUGGCUGCUUUAUGUGUACUGUUACUUUUGCACAUCUUUAAUGUCAAGUGUUCGCUGUUUUUAAUGUUUGCUCCUGUGACAAGUCGAAUUUCCACAUUGUGGGAAGAAUAAAAGCAGUCUAACUAAUGUUGUUUUUGACAAUUGAGAUACUCAUUGUGCCUCCAUGAAACCCAAAAAGAACACUGCAAACACAGUACCACAUGCUUAAGAAAACUAUAUUUUUGAAGUAGUGCUUCACAUGACAAAUAUUACUGAACCACGACUAUUUUCAGUUUAUUAAGUUGGUGAGUAUUCAGUGAAAAGUGAUGAUAGCAAAGAGUUGUGUGCAUCGGCAUCAUUGGGUCACCAACCGCACAUAAAAACCAUCGUUCCACAUGGUAACCGCUUCACUGCUGUGUAAUUUUGCGUGUUUGCUCAGCUAUCACCUCUAUUGACGCAUGAUUCUUUUAACUACCAUGCAGAUGCUGAGAACUAUCAGUGUCCAAGAUAAACGGAUGAAUGGAUCAUUGGGAAGUCAGCUGGACUAAUUCUGUCUUACAUGUGACAUGUCUGGAAGUGUUCCCCGCAGUGAUACAUUUAUUGCUGUCUACAAAGAAGCAGUAUCGGAGGGGUAUCUAGAAAUGUUGCAUACUCCUUACAUGACAGAUGAAAUCACACUGCUUCAUUAUUAAAUAGUCUCAUGUUAGAAGGAGUCUGAGAACAUAUAGUAUCAAGAGAGCGCACUCUGCACAUACAAAACACAAACUUUCAGGAUAUUUGAACGUAACAUUGUGAAUUCUGCUCUGCCUUCCGAGAGCACACCCUUGUGAAUGAGUGAUACCAGACAUGAGUGAGUGAGCACACCAAUACGGACACUCUGCUUCAAGGUGUAGGCACCAAAAAUACAAACGUCUCUUUUAAAAUAAUAUAAAAUAAGACUAAUAAGACUAAGACUUCAAAACACAUUUUUAAAUUACUGUAAACUACAGACUAUACAGUGCCCCGGAAUAUUAGCCACACCCUCUAAAUUGAAGAAGGAAAAUAGAUCUUGUUCAUACAUAAGUCUAUGGCCGCGGGAGCAGUGGUGCUGUCUGCACCGUAGAAUGGGCAGUGGUGGGGUAUUUGCCCCAUUGUUGUGUAUACUGCAGGGUUCCGAACAUGUGAAAAAAAUCAGCUUAUAGUCCGGAAAUUGCGGUAAUGUAAUGUAAUUAUAUUAGAUCAAUUGAUACAAAGACAGGCAAUAACUCCAGUCAUUUUGCUGUUGUGUUUGCUGCUUGUUUUAAUCCGAUUAAAUUAUAAAGAACAAAGAAAGAAUAAAGUAUAUAUCCUAUGUUACAGGAUAGUGUUAUAAUAUCAUUCGGUUGUGGCAAGGAAGUUAUUUAUAAAUGAUAUUGAAGAAUGUCUACAGAGGACUUUUUCACCGGUGCAGCCUCAGGGAUGUGGUGGCAUUACACCCACCAUACACGACAAUUACUGCAUCAGACCAAUCCGUUUAAACCACAACCUGAACCAACUGUGACACUAAACAGAUUGCUAAUUAUCUUACCACCAAAUGUCGAGACUUUACACGCAUCACAUUUUCAAAGAGGGCUUGUUUAGCGGGUCUAAUGAUUCAUGACACUAACUGAGCCUGAGGGCCCCCUCCCACGCCGCUCCAGCCCACUCCUCUCUCUUUAUUAGUGGAGAUCGUAUCCUCCAGUCCUCAGAGCAGCAAGCGCCCAGCCAGCGCAGCUCUCGUCCGAUCCUGCGCCUCCUCAAGAUGAAGCUGAUCUUGUUGUUCGUCGCAGCUCUUUGGGCUGAUAAUCAAGCGCUUCCUCUUGGAAAAGAAGAGCAGAAAGGAGAGGUGGUUGCACGAUGCUUAGUUGCAGCUCUGACCAAAGCUCUCACCACACCGGACUCUCAGCUGGAGCAGAGAUGCAAAGAUAUUCUCCGGACAGGGAUGAAACAGGCUGCAAUGGAAAAACCAAUUGGGGAGGGGGCGUUAGUGCAUGAAGUGGUCAACAUCUCUCCUGAUGAGAAGUCAGCAGCAAAAGCGUCAGACGUAAAGGACAUUGAGGAACUUCUGAAAUCUGUGAAAACCAAGAAGGAAAAUCCCGAGGACGAGCGCAGUCAGGAGUCCUGGAGUCUGGGUGAUGAGAAGGAUAAAAGACCAGAGAACGAAGUGGAAGAGGAACGAGAGAAGAGGAGCAACUGGAGGCCGGGCAGGUAUUACCAAAAGCCAAAACGUGGUGAGGAAGAGGACUACGACCGCAGCCAGGAGAGUUGGGACGUUAAACGAUCAGAGAAUGAGGGCAUCAUGUGGGCGAAGAGAGGCAUGAGCUUCAGACCCCGAUAUUCUCAGAGGAAAAUCAAACGAGACGAGGAAACCUCAGAGGAAGAAAGGGAAGAGCCAGAGGAGGAACGCAGCCAAGAGUCAUGGGAUCUCUACAAAAGGUUUGGACCGGAGGAUGACCAGGAGCGAGACAAGCGUAUUUGGAAGCCCACACAUCGCUACCACCACAAGAAAAAGUACCAUAAACGCAGUGAUGGAGAGGAAGAAGACGAUGACAGUCAGGAGAGCGACGGUAUUGAUGAUGAACGUUACAAGAGAAACUGGAGGCCUGGCAGGUUCCAUCAGAGAAGACACAAGAGAGAUGAGGAGCUUUCUGAAGAGGCCGCAGAAGAUCCCAAUGAGGACCGAAGCCAGGAAUCGUGGGACUUUGACAAGAGAGGAUGGAGGCCUGGAAGAUACCACCAGACAAGACACAGGCGUGACGAAGAACUAUCUGAGGACCCCAAUGACGAGCGUAGCCAAGAGUCAUGGGACUUUGAUAAGAGGGGUUGGAGGCCAGGAAGGUUCCACCAGACAAGGCACAGGCGUGACGAAGAAGUUUCAGUAGAUCCAGAUGAAGACCGCAGCCAGGAAUCGUGGGACUUUGACAAGAGAGGUUGGAGGCCUGGACGGUAUCACCAGAUCAGACACAAGAAGGAUGAGGAGCUAUCUGAAGAUCCAGAAGAAGAGCGAAGCCAGGAAUCCUGGGACUUUGAUAAGAGGGGUUGGAGACCAGGCAGAAUCCAUCAGACAAGACAUAAGAAAGACGAGGAAAUAUCAGACGACCCUAAUGAUGACCGCAGCCAGGAAUCAUGGGACUUUGACAAGAGAGGUUGGAGGCCUGGAUGGUAUCACCAGAUCAGACACAAGAAGGAUGAAGAAAUAUCCGAAGACCCAGAUGAUGAUCGAAGCCAGGAAUCAUGGGACUUUGACAAGAGGGGUUGGAGGCCCGGAAGGUUCCACCAGACUAGACACAGGCGUGAUGAAGAAUUCUCUGAAGAUCCAGAUGAAGACCGCAGUCAGGAAUCAUGGGACUUUGACAAGAGGGGUUGGAGACCGGGAAGGUUCCACCAAAUAAGGCAUAAGAAGGAUGAGGAAAUAUCCGAAGAUCCAGAUGAUGAACGCAGCCAGGAAUCAUGGGACUUUGAGAAGAGGAGAUGGAGACCCGGCAGGUUUCACCAAGUACGACACAAGCGCGACGAAGAACUCUUUGAGGAACCAAGGGAAGACCCAUAUGAAGAACGAAGUCAAGAGUACUGGGAUUUCGACAAGAGACAGGAUGAGCAGGAGGUCGACAAGCGCAUUUGGAAACCAACCCACCGAUACCGUCAUAAGAAGAAACCUCACAGGCGCAGUGGAAGCUCCGUGGAAGAAGAGGAGGAGAGGGGUGGUGCCGAGGAUGAGGAUGAAGUCUUAAGAUAUUUUGCCAAAAAGAGCACUCCUGGAAAUAACCACUGGUUUAAAGGGGAUUCAGCAGAUGACAAGGGACCAGCACUAGAGAAUCUGGCGGCGAUGGAGCUGGAGUUGCAGAAAAUCGCCGCCCAGUUGCACGACAACAAAGAAUGAAAGCUGUCUUAAUGGUGUCUGUUCAGUACAAAACAUUUUGCUGUCUUACCGUGUACAUGUCUGCAGGUUCAUCUGAAUAGUGUUGAAAAAAUCUGUACAAAAACAGAGCCUUGCCAAAAAAAAAAAACCUGAUCAUGCUACUCCAUGUAUUAGUGGUAUUUUGUUGUUCCUAAAAUAAUCUGCAUGGGAAUGAUUUUGAUGUUUAUAUAUAUAUAGUUAUAAUAAUAAUCAAUGACAAACAGUGCUUUGAAACGUCUGGCCUAAAUAAAAAUAAAUAUUC